GACCUUCAGGUCCAAAGUGCUCGAAGUGACGCUGACUUGAGGCAUAUCCUCACAUCUACCACAAACCGGUCUAUUCUCCUCAUUGAGGACAUCGACUGUGGCACAAAAGUGUCUCGUGAUCGUGCCAAGGUUCAAGAUGAUCAACAAGAAAAGGAGGAUGAGCAACCGAAUCGCAUUUCUUCUAGUGAUCCUGGGGUAACGCUGUCAGGAUUACUCAACUUCCUCGAUGGCUUAUGGUCGAGUUGUGGGAAUGAGCGGAUCAUCAUUUUCACCACAAAUCAUAAAGAGAAGUUGGAUCCAGCUCUGUUGCGCCCUGGACGAAUGGAUGUCCAUAUUCACAUGGGCUAUUGCACUCCUGUCGGGUUUAGAAAGCUUGCAGCCACAUAUCUUGGAAUCCAAGACUGUUCUUCCUUUGUUACCAUCGAAAAGCUUUUACAAAGCAUGACGGUCACUCCAGCCGAAGUAGCACAGCAGCUCAUGAAACGUGACGAGCCUGAAGCUGUACUUGAGAGUUUCAUUCAAUUCCUUGAGGCGAAAAGGAAUGAAAAUGGGGAAUCGGGAGCUCAAACUGAGAAACAGGACGGCUAAAAAUGCUGAAGAUAAACUCUUACCUUUCUUCUAAUAUGAAUGGCCUUCUCCUAUUGGCAUCCAAUAAUGUAAAAGCAAAUUUCCGCUUCAGUCUGUUUGAUUAUUGAAUUCCUGACAAUACCUUGCCUUUGGUUCAGUUGUUCCUCAAGAAUUGUAAUAAUAAUAGAAUUAUUAGAGAGCUGACACAUGUUAAAACAAGGAUGGCCUCAGUCUGGGCCCAGCCCAAACAAAAAAAAUACUUGUGUUCAAACUCCAACCAAGCUUGUGAUUCUUUAAGGGUAAGCCUGCCUGCUCAUCAUAACUGUAUUUCUUAUAUAAAAAACAAAUAAUGUAUAUAAAAGUAAAUAGGACAUUCAAAUAUAUACAAUAAUAAUAAUAAG